AUGCAGACGGAAGGAGCGGAGAAGGAGGUGAGAAAGCGCAAGAGUGGAGAAAAGAGGACAAAAAGUGGUGAUAGUGAAGAAAGUGAAAGAGUUCAAUGCGAGAAAGCUGCGGAACCCAGUGACAAGAGUGCGGAAGAGCGCGAUGGGAAUGCGCAGGGACGGCGCAGCUUCACCCUGUCGAUCGAGGUGGAUCUCAUGGCGUGGAUGCUGUUCGUCCUGGCCUUCGUCACGCGCACCUUCAGGCUGGCGCAGCCGCGCAACGUGGUGUUCGACGAGGUGCACUACGGCAAAUAUGUGUCGCUGUACAUGCGGAAUACUUUCUUCUUCGACCAACACCCACCCUUGGGAAAGCAGCUCAUCGCCGGCCUGGCGUCUGUCGUCAACUACAACGGGAACUACACCUUCUCGAAGAUCGGAUUGCCGUACUCGGAGAACGUCCCUGUCUUCAUGCUGCGCUUCGUUCCGGCUCUCUGCGGAAGUCUCCUGUCGCCGUUGGCCUACAAACUUCUGCUGGCACUGCAGUUGCAUCGCUGGACAGCUCUUCUCGCCGGAUUCCUCAUAAUCUUCGACAAUGCGCUGCUCACGCAGUCUCGCUUCAUCCUGAUGGAGUCCAUACUGCUGUUCUUCGUCAUGCUCGGCCUCGUGUUCCUCGUGCGGUUCAACAAUGCUCGGCUCUAUUCUCCGCUGUGGUUCGCCUACGCCAUGUUAGCAGCGUUCGCCUUCACUUGUGGCGUUGCUGUAAAGUAUGUCGGCUUCUAUUCCUGCUGCCUCGCGGUAUUCUAUAUCCUGCGCAACCUGUGGAAGCGUCUUCGCGACAAGACCGUCUCCGAUGGGAAGAUUGUUCUGAACGCUCUUGUCGUCGGGACGAUUUUCACUGUUAUUCCGUUCGUUGUUUAUAUAGGCAUUUUCUACACUCACCUGACGAUCCUCCACAAGGCUGGACCGCAUGAUUCUGUCAUGACAAGCGCCUUCCAAGCCUCCUUGGACGGCGGCCUGGCGUCAAUCAUCAAUAAGCAACCCAUCGUGAUCAGCCACGGAUCGCAAGUGACUCUGAAGCCCGCCUUUGGACGCCCUUGCUGGCUGCACUCGCACCCUCAUCUCUACCCCAUCAAGUAUCCGGACAAGCGGGGCUCCUCUCAUCAGCAGCAAGUCACGGCGUACUCCUGGAAGGAUGUGAACAACUGGUGGAUCGUCAAGCGGCCGACGAGGAACGAUCUCGUGGUCGGAGAUGAGCCCGAUCCGAUAAAGCAUGGCGAGGAAAUCCACUUGGUUCACGGCAUCACGGCCAGGGCGCUCAACAGCCAUGACGUGGCGGCUCCUGUGACUCCCCAGGCGCAGGAGGUCUCGUGCUACAUCGACUACAACGUCUCCAUGCCGGCGGAACUGCUGUGGCGCGUCGACAUUGUGAAUCGCGCCGUUGAGGGAGACAUUUGGAAGGCCAUCACGUCCCACGUGCGUCUCAUUCACGUCACCACGGGCUCGGCUCUGCGGCUCUCCGGGCGGCAAUUGCCCGAUUGGGGCUUUAAUCAGCACGAAGUGGUGUCCGAUCGUGUUGUCACGCAGCCGAGCACGCUGUGGAAUGUGGAGGAGCACAAGUACACGAAGACGGACGAUCAACGGGAGAGGGAGCGAGAUCUGGUGAACCGGGAAAUGAUCCCCAUGACGCGCACGGAUCCCUCGUUCCUGCGCAAGUUCGCAGAGCUGCAGCUGAAGAUGCUGUGGUACAACGACGGCCAGCUGAGCAACACUCACAUGUACGGCUCGACGCCGCUCGACUGGCCGCUCAUGGACAAGGGCAUCGCCUACUGGGUGGACAGCAAGACCAACAGCCAGAUCCACCUGCUGGGCAACAUCGCCAUUUGGUACGCAGGCUCGCUGUCCGUCGUCAUCUACCUGACGCUGCUCGCCUUCUACCUCCUGCGCCGCCGCCGGCUGUGCUUCGAUCUGCCGCCCGCGGAUUGGGACAAGUUCCAGGCGGUGGGAGAGCUCCUGUUCGCCGGAUUCCUCAUCAACUACCUGCCCUUCUUCUUCACCGAGAAAGCCCUCUUCCUGCACAACUACUUCCCGGCGCUGAUCUUCAAGCUGCUUCUGCUCUGCUUCGUCAUUGAGCACAUCUAUACGCUGCUCAGGCUCUUCCUCAACUAUGCCAUCAUUCUGCACUGCGCGCGCCUCGCCAUCUUCGCGUGGAUCGCCACGGUUCUGUUCGUCUACCAGAAGUUCAUCGUGCUGAGCUACGGAGCGGCCAGGCUGAGUGCUGAGCAGGUGAUUGACCUGCGAUGGAAGGACACUUGGGACUUCAUACUUCACAAGAAGCUCCCUGUUUAGCAGUACAGAUGCCAGAUUAGAUUAAGGGUGAACGUUCAAGAACAAUACUCUCUUUAUCAGUAAUUUAAGGAGUGAUUAUUGAUAUAAUUGUACUAACACAAAAGACGCGAAGCCGGAUUGUAUAUAAAGAACGACCCAAAUUUGUUUAAGUUUCCCAAUUAAUUUAAUAUUUAUUUUAAUUAUAUAACUGUUGCAAAGGUUCCCAAAUAAGUUAUUAUUAUUUUUUAAUAAAU